AUGUCUAUGAUUUUACGCCCCUUCACAUGGUUCUAUCAUGAGUUUGGGAUCGUCUCGAUCCACGAGACUGGACGCAAUGCGUGGCUCAUCAUCUUGGCUCGCUCGUGCCGGAUGUUUGCGUACGGCACGAAUUCCUUGAUAUUAGCCAUCUUCUUCUCCGCCUUGAAUUACUCCGACCACCAGAUCGGCAUCUUUAUGACCCUGACCUUGCUCGGCGAUGUCUUCCUGGGUACAUUUCUCACGCUGAUCGCCGACCGAGUGGGGCGCCGGCGCGUGCUCAUGGGCGGGUCGGUGCUGAUGAUCUUGAGCGGCCUCGUCUUUGCGGUGUUUGAGAAUUUCUGGAUCUUGCUUAUUGCGGCGAUUUUGGGCGUCAUCAGUGUCACAGGAGGAGACUUUGGGCCGUUUCGGAGUAUUGAGGAGUCAGUCUUGUCACAGCUCACAACACCCACGACCCGCGCGGACGUCCUAGCCUGGUACGUGACGACGUCAACUCUGGGGUCGAGUGUCGGCAGUGAAGUCUCGGGCAGACUCAUCCAUUACCUGCAGGCGCGACCCGGCUGGACCGACGUCGAUGCCUACCAUGCGCUGUUCUGGAUCUAUCUUAUCAUGGGCAUUGUCAACGUUCUUUUCGUCCUCCUCUUGACUGAUGCCUGCGAGCUCCGAGCGAGCGACAAAGGGGAGGAGAUGUACUCCCGCGUGCCUCAAGAGGAUCAGCGCCACGAGGAAGCCGACACCGACGAAGCGGUAGGACACCACCAGCCACAGUCCCAGUCACAAUCGCAAUCACAGUCCGACGUCGAGGCAGCAUCCCCGCCACCAACACCAACUCGACCUCGCUCUCCCGAGCUUCCCACCAGCCGCCUCUCGCGCGCCCUUUCGGCCUUCUCCAGCGCCUUGUCCCAGAUCUCUAAAACAACCCGCCGCACAAUGUACAAGCUAUGGUUCUUGUUGAUCAUCGACUCCCUCGCCGACGGCAUGGUACCCUACUCCCUCACGAACUACUACAUGGACGUGAAAUUCCACCCGUCCAAGUCCACGCUCGGCGACGUCACCUCGCUAUCCUACUUCCUGGGCGCGAUCGGCGCGGUCUUCGCGGGACCGCUAGCCAGAAAGAUCGGCCUUAUUAAUACUAUGGUCUUCACGCACGUCCCUUCCUCGACGGCUGUGCUUCUGUUCCCCCUCGCGCCCUAUUUCUGGAUCACAGCUUUUUUCUUGCUUGUCCGCACAGGUCUCAACAACAUGGACCAGGCUCCUCGGUCGGCGUUCAUCGCCGCAGUCGUGAAACCCGAGGAACGUACCGCCGUCAUGGGCGUCACCUCCAUGUUGCGCAAUCUGGCGGCCAUGUGCGGGCCCACCGUUACCGGCUUGCUCGCCGAGGGGGAUCGGUUCGGGGUGGCGUUCAUCGCGGCCGGUGUGUGCCGGUUAAUGUAUGAUUUUGGGUUAUACGCUCUGUUUGUGGGGUAUGAGAGGGGGAAGAAGUUGCAGGAUAGGCGGGAUGACGAGGAUGAGGAGGAGGGCGACGAACAAGAUGAUCAAGGGGGAGUCACUACCACCAAUGGAUUUGGACAUUCAUACGGAGACCCUCCCACUGACCAGUUCGAGUUGGAGAGCCUGUCCGGUUCAGACAGUUCAGACAAUACGACUAGCGGCGACCGCAAGACGCGCGAAUUGGACUUCGAGAAGGCGACGGUGAAGGGGCCGACCACGACGACAUCCCUGAAUGGUGGUCUGCGUGUGCCCCUGACAACAGGAGAGAGUCCGCGAGUGAGAAGUCGGAGUCCGCACCACCGCCGGUCGAGCGCGUCCGAGUAG